AUGGCAGAGCGAUGGCGCCCUGAGCUGCAUACCUUCCACUUUCCCGAGGGUGAAAUGACGAUCACCCUCAAAGAUGUUGCCAUCCUCACCGGGCUCCCGAUCACCGGAGAUGCCAUCAUCGACAGCUCGAGAAAACCAGAAGAUGGUUGGGGGCCAUUGAUUCAGGAACGUCUGGGGUUCAACAUGCCGACCACCACGCCCGUCGAAGGGGUUGGGCAUCCACCACUGAAUGCGGGGCAAGUAUCGAUCCCGUGGCUUGUUGACCACAUCCAAUUGGAGGUUAAUAUAGGCCUGGAUACUCCUGAAGAUCAGGUGGAGCGGUAUGCACGUGUAUACCUAAUUGCCUUGGUUGGGAACCAUCAUGCCUUCGAAGCCAGAAGCCGGUAA